UGUCUCUGUGUGUGUAUCUGUGUAUAUCUGUGUCCAUGUGUGUCUAUCUGUGUAUCUGUGUGUAUCCUCUGUGUGUGUUUAUCUGUGUGUAUCUGUGUCUAUGUGGGUGCAUAUGCGAGCACAUGUGUGUGCCCAUGUGUGUGUAUCUGUGUGUAUUUGUGUGUGUCUGUGCCCAUGUGUGUGUAUCUGUGUCUGUGUGGGUGUAUCUGUGUGUAUCUGUAUGUAUCUGUGUGCAUCUCUGUCCAUGUGUGUGUAUCUGUGUGUAUCUCUGUAUCUGUGUGUAUCUGUAUAUCUGUGUGUAUCUGUGUGUAUCUGUGUGUAUCUCUGUGUAUCUGUGUCUGUGUCCAUGUAUCUGUGUCCAUGUGUAUGUAUCUUUGUGCAUGUAUGUGUAUCUGUGUAUCUCUGUGUGUCUCUAUCUGUGUGUAUCUCUGUGUCUCUCUAUCUGUGUGUAUCUGUGUGUAUCUCUGUGUAUCUGUGUCCAUGUGUAUCUGUGUCCAUGUGUGUCCAUAUGUGUAUAUCUCUGUGUAUCUGUGUGCAUCUGUGUGUAUCUGUCUCUAUCUGUGUGUAUCUGUGUCUGUGUCCAUGUAUCUGUGUCCAUGUGUAUGUAUCUGUGUGCAUGUAUGUGUAUCUGUGUAUCUCUGUGUGUAUCUCUGUGUAUCUCUGUGUAUCUGUGUCCAUGUCCAUGUAUCUGUGUCCAUGUGUAUGUAUCUGUGUGCAUGUAUGUGUAUCUGUAUCUCUGUGUAUCUCUGUGUGUAUCUCUGUGUAUCUCUGUGUAUCUGUGUGUAUCUGUGUCCAUGUAUCUGUGUCCAUAUGUGUGUAUGUGUGUGUAUCUCUGUGCAUCUCUGUGUAUCUGUCUCUAUCUGUGUAUGUCUGUGUCCAUGUGUAUGUAUCUGUGUGCUUGUGUGUGUAUCUGUAUCUCUGUGUAUCUCUGUGUGUGUGUAUCUGUGUGUAUCUGUGUGUAUCUGUCUCUAUCUGUGUGUAUCUCUGUGUAUCUGUGUGUAUGUGUGUGUAUCUGUCUCUCUCUGUGUGUAUGUGUGUGUAUCUGUGUGUAUGUGUGUGUAUCUGUCUCUGUCUGUGUGUAUCUGUCUCUCUCUGUGUGUGUGUGUGUAUGUCUGUGUAUCUGUGUGUAUCUCUGUGUAUCUGUGUGUAUCUGUCUCUGUGUGUAUCUGUGUCCAUGUGUGUUCACACCUGAACACCUGUGUGUGCACAUAUGUGGAGCUGGCAGGAUGA